GGGGGCGGAGUUAAGAUGGCCGCGCCACUGUUGCCGAGGCGACGCCUUGGUUACUUCCGUUCCUUUCAAUGCUUCCGGGUUGGCGCUGCGGUGGUGUUUCCUACUGUGGGAGCCUUCGCUUUUCAGUCGUCUGUUGAGCUUGAGCAGAAAACGGAGGCAGAGAAAGAUGGAAUAACUUUCCCAGAGUCACAGCUACAUCAGAAAAGUUCCACUUUAAGCCAUGAGAUGUCUGGCCUGAACUGGAAACCUUUCGUGUAUGGCGGCCUUGCCUCUAUUGUUGCCGAAUUCGGCACUUUCCCUGUGGACCUUACUAAAACACGACUGCAAGUACAAGGCCAGAGCAUUGAUGUCCGUUUCAAAGAAAUAAAAUAUAGAGGGAUGUUUCAUGCCUUGUUCCGAAUCUAUAAAGAAGAAGGGAUUUUGGCUCUGUAUUCAGGAAUUGCACCUGCCUUACUAAGACAGGCAUCAUAUGGCACCAUCAAAAUUGGUAUUUACCAAAGCUUGAAGCGAUUAUUUGUAGAGCGUUUGGAAGAUGAAACUCUCCUAAUUAAUAUGAUCUGUGGAGUAGUGUCAGGAGUGAUUUCAUCUACUAUAGCCAACCCCACUGAUGUUCUAAAGAUUCGAAUGCAGGCUCAAGGAAGUUUGUUCCAAGGGAGCAUGAUUGGCAGCUUCAUUGAUAUAUACCAGCAAGAAGGUACCAGGGGUCUGUGGAGAGGUGUGGUCCCAACUGCUCAGCGUGCUGCCAUCGUUGUGGGGGUAGAGCUGCCAGUUUAUGAUAUUACCAAGAAGCACCUGAUACUGUCAGGAAUGCUGGGAGACACCAUUUUAACACACUUUGUUUCUAGCUUUACCUGUGGUUUGGCUGGGGCUCUGGCAUCUAACCCAGUUGACGUGGUAAGGACACGAAUGAUGAAUCAGAGGGCAAUAGUGGGACAUGUGGACCUCUACAAGGGCACUUUGGAUGGCAUUUUAAAGAUGUGGAAACAUGAGGGCUUUUUUGCCCUCUAUAAAGGAUUUUGGCCAAACUGGCUUCGACUUGGACCCUGGAACAUCAUUUAACAAACUCAAGCAUCCCAUUGGAAACCAGUGUGAAUGGAACCAAGUGGAGAAACACUUUCCCGUGGGGGCAAAUACACACUUAAAGGCACAGAAAAGAUGUUCCAAAUGUUCCUCUUUAAAUCAAAAUGUCUAGGAUGACUCAGUGUGCAAAGGUGCUCGCCCCCAUACUCGGUGACCUGAGUUUAGAUGGAAGGAGAAAUUGGCUCCUAUAAGUUGUACUCUGAACUACACACACACACACACACACACACACACACACACACACACACACACACACACACACCAUGGCAAGUGCAUGCCCUCCCCAGCAAAUAAUAAACAAAAAGCCAAACAAAUGUAUAAGCAAAUAAAUGUAAUAAAGUAAAACGUCUUGCACAGCUAGUCUUAAAAGGGCUAUGAAGUUUUUAGCAACAGUGACAGAAGAUGCUCAUCGGAAAUGCCAUGCUGUUGGGGUCUAGAUUUCUUAACAUCUAACUAAGAGACCUAAAUAGCUGGAAAAUCCUAGCAGGACACAAAACAUUCACAGAGUGAAAGAAUCCACAGCCAAGUAGGACUCUUUAUCGUGGGGACAUUUUCUCUCCUUCAGCUGUGCUGGAGUGCCUCCUAUGUAUAGAGCCAUGUGCGGGACACUGUGUGUGGUUCUGUGUGUUUGCAUAUGAACUCAGCAGGGUUGAAAAAUAAUUCCCUGUCCUUCUAGAAUCUGUAGGCUGAACAUAGAGAAUAUCUCUCUUUGGAAUUGUGUUUGUUCUGUUUGCUUUUGAAAACUAUAUUAUAAUCUGUUUUCAUUGUUCAGUGCACUGAUCAUAAUAGAUACAUAGUAGGCACUCAACACAUUUUAUCUUAAGUUUAUGAAGCCAGUCCCUUUUAGAAUAAGUGCAUUAAUUUAAGAGAAUGCAAUGUAUAAUUUUCAAAACAAGUUUAACUUUCAAUAUGAACUCAGAAAUCUUCCGUGA